AUGGACCUCUUGUCAUUAUUGAACUCUUCAGCGGGAACUAAUUUGAAAGAAGCUGAAGAUAUUCAACGGCACCAACCCGAAGAAUCUGUGGUUGAACCAGUUCCACCUUCGUGGGCGGGCCUGCCCACGCCCUCGCCGGAAAAGAGCCCUGCGAGGACCUGCUCCGACGAAUACCGACCGGCGCUCAAGAGCCGGACGCCAUGGGAUGCUGGCGGCUACUCGCUACCUUUGAGCUUGGACACGAAGUUUUUCCCCUCAACGCAGAAACCGGCCAUCUAUAGCGAGUCAGUGGAUUCCACAUCCAUUUCCGCGCUAUCAGCCGUCACUCCUUCUAGCGGCCAUUCAAGGUCUACGUCCCUCGAGUCCUCGCCUGCGGAUAUGGUAUCGUCAGCUUUGGUGUCUCCUAUGACCAUCUCGCAAGCAUUUAAACCAGCGUUUUUAGGCGAGGCCGAUCCACAACUUGAGAUAUAUACUGGCCGACGAUCCAGCUCCGCAAGUGAGAUGGACGCUCAGUUGACUGCUAAGAAGCCUAGCUUCUUAACCCAUCAAGACACUCCCACCUCCCCGAUGGGCAGCCCCAAAUCACCCAACCACAAGUUCUCGGAUAGCCAUAGCAGCCUGUCAUCAUACUCGCCAUCGACACAGUCAGGAGGGCACUCAAGGAUAUCGUCGUUCUCGACGGUCGGCAUGGCCCAGCCCGUGAGCACACUGUUUAACGAGAUCCCCUCAAUUCAAGAGAAGGCUGAGCGCAAUGAGGGAGAAAGGUUGAACCAUAACAUGUCGGCGAUGAACGAGACUCGGCCUCCUUCUAGGGGACUCCCUCAGCUGAACAAUGAAACGCCACCUAGGUUCGGGUCGUUCAGCAUCGAGCCCCGCCGUCCGAGGAGCCCGUCAGAUGCGUUCCUAAUCUCGAGGGGUGGGGCUCGUCUGAGCCCACCUUCGAGCAAUACUGAAUCCCAACCGCAUCCUGAGCAGCCCUCGGUUGAACAGUCCAGUGAUCAUCUAGACACGCUAAACCCACUACCCAACACCAUCGCUCGGUUCCCGCAGCAUUCCUCUCAUUUGCAGCCUGUACAUAAGCAUAAGCGGGCCAUUUCGGCCCCAAGCUUCGCUGCUUUCCGACCCCAACCACUUAGUUCCGCGUAUGCAGCUCGUACUUUUCCUCCACCACCGGCGCCGCAACCUCUGGUGCAUCAACAUCACCAGCCCCCGCAACCACAGCUACAAUUACAACCGCAACUGCAAUCACAGCAAACUCACCAGCCUGUCCAGGGAUUCCCACCCCCAGCUCCUACUGGCCAGACGCUCCCUUCACUAACCCGGCCCCAGCUGGCUUCGAUUCCAGUGCCCCGCCAACGGGAACAAAACCUUCAUAUCCGAUGCGAGAGGGUUGAGAACUGUGAUACUGGUACGGACAGGCGCAAACUCAUCUCGCACGUUUUCGGACGAAACAAGCUAUGCACUCGGGCGAUCCCGCAGGAGGUCUGGGUUCACUAUUGCCGCAAACACUACCAGCGAGAGCGGUACCGGAAAGGGCCUGAAUACGCAAAGCUUCAAGCCGACUUGAUCUUGGUGCAGAUCGACCGCAUCCAAGCGUGGUCUGAUGGUAAUGUGUCUGCCAACGACGGACCUGUUGUGAAGGAUUGGGCGCUCAGCAUUCGGAAACGUGAGCAACAGAGGCGAAAGCGGAACCAGGAUAACAGCGAUGAUGAGGAAGAGGAAGAUGAUGAUGCGGUGGCGCUCGGUACUGCCGUCCCCGACUGGCUCGCAGGCCAAGCUGGAGCCGGAUACUCGACGGGGCAGAUCAAGGCGAUUAUGGCCCAGCUCCGUGACGAAGUUCAUGCCGGAAAUCUCCUGCAACUACCCGAUAUUGAGAUCCUUCCCAACAUUGAGGGUGCUGUUGCGCCUCGGCGGCCACAAAAGCGAAGAUCCAAGUCGUCGGUCUCCCACCGGCGAACCCAGUCUAUGGGCGUACCUGUUGCGAAUGCUGCCAUCCCGUCGGCUCAUGAGCAUGGCAUGCUUUUUAAUCACAGGCGGGGAUCUCAACCGGCUAUUAUUAUUACUGAAGAAGCCGGCCGUGCCGAGAAGCGCAAGGCUGAAGAUUCACUCGAGGCUUCGUUAGCUCCUCCUAAUGCUAGGCGGACUGCUCUCGUCCAUCGUCCUGCAUUCCAGCAAAUCCAAGAGGAGAGAUCCGAGCACCUCGAAGCCCACCCACAACCACCUUCUUUGGUGGCCCCUCAACCACGUCACGGGCGAUCGCGGAGUGAUAUGUCUCAUCUCUUGAGCGAGCCUCGCAGCUACCCCACCGGUUUUAAGCCGCCCCUUCCCAGCAUUUCGAACUCGAUGGGUCGCAUCGAGAACGACGCUACUGGAAGCGCCUACUUUAACGCGGAUCCCUUCCGCGCCGGCGGCCAGACUGGCAGCAUCGGUCGACAGGGACCAUCAAACUUCGAGGACAAUCCGGUGUCGCGCCUUGGCUUGACGGCUCAGAGAAGACGGGUUAGCACGCCGAACGCUAGCUAUAUGGCCCAUGGACCUAGUGGCUCCGGCAACAGCAACCCCGCGUUCGACCCCUUGCAACAGCUUCCUAACCCUUUCGCUACUAUUGGUACUAGUGGGCCAAGCCAGACCUUUGUCCAUGGUCAGGGAGGUGAGGGGCAGACGCCUCUUCCUUCUAUUAGCCAGGUUACUGGCGAGGAUUUCCGGGGGCAUCACUAA